AUGACGACUGACGGAAAUUCGUCCGUUCGUACGAAGGCCGAAAAGUUGCUCAGUGAGAUUGGCAGCAAGUACGCUGGAUUUAUUCAAAUGAAAUCUCUGGAUGGCAUGAAACAGUCGUUUCGAUUUCAAUCGGUGAUGAGUUCAACAAAGUCGGCCGAUGCCGUUGUACGUGGGGUGAACGUGACCGAUCUUUCCAGUGCUGCCAACUCUUACCUGUACUCGUUGUUGAGGAGCAGUCGUCAGCACCGUCGUGGUUUCCUCCGAUCUCUGCUGAACACGUUCGACGAAUCAGCGAACACGGAUCUGGCCGAAUUGUUGUACGUCGCAGACAACCUGUCAGCAUUUCCGUACCAGACGGUCGACGAGCCGUUGUUCCUCAUUCAUCAUAUUGAUAUAACCGUCGUCGUCACCGCGUCGAGCAUUGUGCAGUCGUUCGAAGAGCAUCUCAUCCCGAAAAGUGCGCCAACCAGCGAGGAGUCGUCGACUGACAAAGAAAACAACAGAGAAGAAAAGGAAGAAAGUCCAAGCAGCAUUUUAGCGCGUUUGCCAGAAGAUCUCUCACCGAUCGAAAACUGUGUACGUAGCAGCCAAAACUGCGUCCUGUUGUUGAUGCUCAAGCAGUACUUGAAGGAGCUGUACGGCUUCACGGACGCAAAAUUGCAGGAAUACUCGCCCAGCGAGCCGGUCAAAUCCUACGACAAAGCAGUGAUGCGACGCGCUAACCUUCAGUUUUACCCACGAUAUGCGAUCGAGUACUUAACGAAGACGUGCAAAAAGUGCUUCGACGAUGACCAUGAACGUCGGACUUGGCUUUGCAAACACUUCAUUGACUUCAAACAACUGCUGAGUUCGGUCGAUUUUACGUGCAACGUUGAGGAAGAAAACGAGGGUUCAAAGAUAAACUCCACCAUGGUGCAGUAUUCGGCGUCGGUCAGCAUCCAUAGCGACGAAAACGGCAAAUGCGGGACAUCGGCCGACGACCAGAAUAUGUUUACGACGUCAUCGACUGCCGACGAUGCCAGCACAUCUAGUCUUGUCAGUGAUGUCGUCGGCCCUCUGUUGUGCACCAGCACCUCUCGCGAACGAAUCGUGCUUACCAUCCAUCGUCAAGACACAUCAAAGCUGAGUCGAGACAACGUGUACGCUGAUUUCAUUCGCCCAUACAAAUCGCAAAAGUCGUCAUUUGCUGUUCCGGUUGCUGACAGGUCUUCAACGUCGUCGGUCGAUUCUGCGAAGAAAAAGAAACCUACCGCCACGUCCAUCGCUAAACGAAAGAAACGUCGGCGAGUCGUCGUGGACGUGGACUCAGACAAUGACGAUUCCGAUGACGCGGAAUAUGACCCAUCGUUUCCCUCCUAG